AUGGCGCAGCGCGUGACCUACAGGCGGAGGCACAGCUAUGCCACUCGGUCGAACAAGACCAAGAUGGUGAAGACGCCGGGCGGGCGGCUGGUGGUGCAGUACGUGAAGAAGCCUGCGAGCCACCGUGUGUGCCCCAUCACUGGCCAGAAGCUCAACGGGUUCAAGGCGCAGCGCCCGAAGGAGGGCAGCACGCAGUCGCGGUCGAAGAAGAACGUGAGCCGGGUGUACGGCGGCCACCUCGCCGCCAGCGCCGUGCGGGAGCGCAUCGUGCGGGCCUUCCUUAUUGAGGAGCAGAAGAUCGUCAAGAAGGUGCUCCGGGAGCAGGCCAAGCUCGCCAAGUGA